CAUUCCUGCAUUCUCAUCCCUACGAGCGCGAGCGUGUGUGCGCGCGUGUGUGUGAGAGAGAGGGACGCAGGCUAAUCUCUCCUUCCAGGACAACUCUCUGUCCACGGGAAGCACUCAUGACCGGGAGGAUUUAACCCCGGAGGACACCCGGCGAUCCCCGCAGGCCCGAUCGCAGAUAUCUGCUCCCCUCCCUCCCCUCACUGUGGGCUGGUUGCCAUGGAGAGCUCAUCGGUAGCAUCAGCGUCGUCAGAGGCGGGAAGCACACGCUCACAGGAGAUCGAGGAGCUGGAGCGGUUCAUCGACAGCUACGUGCUCGAGUACCAGGUCCAGGGACUCCUGAGUGACAAAAAUGAAACAGAACCGGAUGUGGACAAGAACCAGUCCCACACCUCACAGUGGACAGAAGACUGCAGUGAUAAGAUUGAUGGGAGCUGGUCCUCACGGGGCAGGGGCUCGUCUAAGCCAGAUGAUUGGGAGCACAGCAGUAAUGGCAGCACCGGCUCUAGACCCAGUUCAGGUUCUCGACCUGGUUCUGGUUCUAGAUCAGGCAGCAGAGGACGAAACAACCAGUUCAGAGCUCCAGCAAAGAAUGGAAACAAGGACUGUUCUUUGGACAUCCUGGGGACGGACAUUUGGGCUGCAAACCUGGACUGUCACGGAGGAGCCACGUGGGACAUGCAGCCGGAGAAACUGGAUUUCUCACAGUUUCACAGAAGGGCGUACAGAGGGACACCAAAACACCUCCCGCACAUCGACAGAGAAGGGAUGAUAAAGGGCAAAUUCGAUGAUGAUGACGAUGAUGGUAUUGACCUGGACAACAUGGAGAAAUUCCUGCCCAGCCUGCCGGUUUUUCCUCCUCUGCCUAAUGAAGCUGAGAUCGCACACACUAAAAAACUGUUUCGACGCCGCAGAAAUGACCGCCGCCGAUCCGAUCCGCCCCAGGACGAGCUGACGGUGUUGCUACCAGCUGAGGGGAAGCGGCAAGUGUCCAGGAGACCCCAGCGCCUGCCUGGAGGUGGAGGGGCUGGUGGGAAAUCCCAGAAUCCUCAGCAGCAGCAGGGAUUGCAGCAGCAACAGCAGCCCAAUCAGAUGCAACAGCCCAACGCAGACCAAUCAGGUGGGCAGACCAAGCACGGAGGGCGGGGUUACCAGGGGCAGCAGAACCAGGGCGGGCGGCAGGGUGGGCCGCAUCACGGCUACAGCCAGAACCGCCGCUGGCAUCAGCAUCCCAAACACCAGACGAACAGUUUCAAUCAAGGGCCCCCGGGGGCCGACAGGGGCCUCACACGCAAUACCAAAGAGACAGAGAAUGUAAAACAUGAGGAGCCUGAGCCCCGCAUGGAGAGAGGAGCGAAGGAUGAGCCUGCAAAAGAGGAGAGAAAGAAAGAAGACAAGGAGGAGAAGACGGACAGCGGGAAGAUCUGCUUACUGCAGUCAUCGAAAGAGAGACUGAGGAGGAGAUUGAAAGAGAAGGAGGAAGUUCCCGUGGCGACGGCCGGACCACAGCGGAACCGAAUGGACAGAUUAUUAGAGAUUUUAAACAGCAUGAAAAAUAACAGCAGCGGCGUGGAGGGUCAGCUCACCACGUUCAUGGAGGAAGCGCAGAACUCUGCCGACUCUGAGGAGACGCUGAACGAGAUCGUACACACGAUUUACCGCAAGGCGGUCAGCGACCGAAGUUUUGCGGCCACGGCUGCCAAACUCUGUGACAAGAUGGCUCUGUUCAUGGUGGAAGGCACCAAAUUCCGCUCUCUCUUACUCAACUUGUUACAGAGGGACUUCAAGCGGCGUGAGGAGCUGCAGCAGACGGAUGUGGAGUGCUGGUUGGGCUUCAUCACGUUUCUGUGUGAAGUGUUCGGAACCAUGAGGAGCAGCGCUGGAGAGCCGUUCAGAGUGCUGGUGUGCCCCAUCUACUCCUGCUUAAGAGAGCUCCUGGAGUCACCUGAGGUGAAGGAAGACGCUGUUCUCUGCUGUUCUAUGGAGCUUCAGAGCACCGGUCGGUUGUUGGAGGAGCAGCUUCCCGAAAUGAUGACGGAGCUGCUGGCCGCCGUACGGGAUAAGAUGUUGUGUCCGUCUGAGUCCCAGCUGACACGCUCACUCCUGAUGGAGGUCAUCGAGCUCCACGCUCACCACUGGACCCCGCUGGAGGCGCUGACCACCGCCUACUACAACAGAACCAUCCAGAAGCUCACCGCGUGACGCACGCGCAGCGCGAGGAACUGCUGGAGGCCCUGACCACUGCGCACCACUACACAAACAUCCAGAAACUCGUCAAACUAACCACUAGAGGCCACGGACACACUACAACACACACAAGCAUUCUGUGAUAGAAAGAUAGAAUCGGCGUGGAUGGAUGAGGGUCAGAGGUCAGAGUGUAAAAUAUGCAGAUUGGAAUGAAUAUGUAUAUGUUCACUCUUCACAUCUGCAUAUUCAUGAGCUGACCCAGACGUACAGAUGCAAAACCAGACAGUCAUUAGACGCACACGCGCAGACUGUCUGU